UUUGUUAAAAAUGUCCGUGGUAAAAUUGAGUGAAAAUGAUGACGCAUUUUUUAAAUUCCCGUGAGUGGUGGACGGGAGUAACGGGACCGGCUCGGGGGUCGGGGGUAAGUGGCCCGGGGGCAGAAUGGAGGACUUGCUGAACUUCCUGCUGCAGCCGCUGCUGAGCUUCGUCAACUACGCCAUGCUCGACGAUGGCUCCUCUCUCGUGGCCGACCUCAAACAGCUGAUCGACGAGACCGUCGGACGCACCAGCUACAUCCUCGUCGCCAUCUUCUCCUGCCUCCUCUUCCUCAACGCUCUCCUCCUUGCCACCGUCGUUUGCUUCUAUCAAGAGUUCCAGAAAAACUGCAACGAGGCUUUCGCGCUGUUCCACGAUAAGUUCGGGAAGAGACCGGAGCCGCUGACGAGCGCCCACCAACCCAAGCUCAUGAGGCACCAUGCUAAAUCCGAUACGGAAGUCCGGUAGGAGGCUCCCUCCGCGCUCCGAGUUUUUGUCCCGGAGGUGGUCUCUCCCGGCCGAGUCUCUUGUAAUUAGUGUAAAGUUCUGCGUCACGUUAGCCACUCCUCGUUUUUGCCCGUGUAAAUCUCGUCCCGAGCGUAUAAAUUGUUUUUGCACUCCA